AUGAAGCUUACUGACACUUUCUUCAAGACUCAUCGCCGUGAUCAAUUGCCUACCGCAUUGUUUGGGCAAGAUGGAAUACACGGCACAGACGAGAUGGCUCGCAAUGCUCACGAACGGUAUGCUCAAAUCAUGAGUGAUGUUGAAGGGCUCAUCAACGAUCACAUCUCCCGCCAAAAAGAAGGCACACAUACGCACUCCAAGCUCAAAUUGCUAGUUCCGACUGUUGGUGUCUUCUUCACUCCUCUCAUGCUUAGGGAUGCAUUUGAAUGGCAAGACCAAAGACGAUACAUAAGUUCAAGGAGAUUUGUGGCUCCCAGUUUCAACGAUAUCCGUCUGAUUCUAAAUACUGCCCAGGUCAUGUCUUUGGUCAAACACAGCCGUCUGGACCUUGUCACAUUCGAUGGUGAUGUUACACUCUACGAUGAUGGCCAGUCCCUGACAGAUGACAACCCAGCCAUUCCUCGCAUUUUAGAGCUGAUGAGAAAUGGCACUCGCAUCGGCAUCGUGACUGCAGCUGGCUACACCGAAGCAUCCAAGUACUAUGGUAGACUACACGGUCUACUCGAUGCCAUAGCUACGUCCGAUCUCUCAGACGAUGUUAAGAAGAAUCUCAUCGUUCUUGGAGGAGAGGCGAGCUACCUGUUCCAAUUCGCUAGUGAAAGCCCGGAUAGACUCGUUGCAAUCCCUCGCAAGCAGUGGUCGCUCCAGGAGAUGCAAUCUUGGACUCAAGAGGAUGUUACAGAGCUGCUGGAUAUCGCUGAAAAGUCCCUCCGCAGUUGUGUCGACGCCAUGAGGCUCAAGGCUGACAUCCUUCGAAAAGAAAGAGCAGUCGGCAUAAUUCCAGUCGAAGGAUUUAAGCUCUCGCGGGAACAGCUGGAGGAGACUGUCCUUGUCUGCCAGAAGACACUGUUACUGACACACUCAAAGNGCGGAAGCGACGUCUUCAUUGACAUUGGCGACAAGUCCUGGGGUGUUCUGAGUUGUCAGAGAUACUUUGGUGGAAUAGAAGGAAACAAGUCUCUCCACGUCGGCGACCAAUUCUUAUCAAUCGGAGCGAAUGAUUUCAAGGCUAGGUUUGUGAAUCGUCAGCACUAUUUUGCGGUACAUGCUGACAAACAGUNNAGGCUUGCGUGUACGACGGCAUGGAUUGCUAGCCCCGCAGAGACGGUUGCACUCUUGGACGAAAUUUCUCAGCUCUCGACAGCUCCCGAGUCGCUCCCAAAGGACGCCAACUUCGAGGACCAAGGGAAGAUGGUGUAA